AUGAGGCUACUGGCCGGCUAUCCAUGGGUCCUUUACUUCUUGAUCAUGGUCCCCAUGCUGGCCCAGCUCGUGACCAUGUUGAUCCUGGCUACAACCGGGAUGACUCGCACAGCAACGUAUAGCUUGAACUUGGUCUGCAAUUCCCUCUACGCCUGUCUCGCUGUCGGUUCCGUUUUCCUUCUCGGGAAGGCGCUGCGCUCCUCGGACUUUCACCUGGCCACCAGCAGGCUUCACCUCUUCGUGGCAGACUUCAAGCUGCGGUGGAGCGAGGUGUCAGGCCAGGAAUGGCGAAAGUAUGCGCUCGCCUGGUGCAUCAUGGUGGUGUCCGCACUGGUGAGCCAGGCUCUUCAAGCUUGGAUCGUCGAGGCGGAUAGCAGCGUCGAGGAAGAUUCCACGAAGGUUGUGAAGCACGUCAUCGAAGCACUGUCUGCAGUGAGCUUUGCCACCUCCAGCGCCGUCGUAAUGUUGGCCGCUUAUCUCCAAUCUCACCUCCUCCUGGGCCUGGACAAGAGAUUAGACUGCUGGUGCUGCCAGGUCGUGCGCCUUUGCCUUUCAGAGCUUGGGGGGAAUAUUGGGGUCCAGGUUACAUUCCUUCAGCAAUUGGGGUUUGGGCUGUGGGGUUUUAGGGUUUGA